AUGAACUCAUAAAGAACUACAUAAAUUAACACCAUGACUGCUUAGCAAUAGCAGAAAGUGGAUAGUGAUACAGUUCAAAAUAUUAAGAUUGUUCAAAGAAAUGCAAGCGUGCUUAAGGAACAAAUAGAUGAGGUUUUGGCCAGACAUUUAGGAGAUGAUAAGACUUAUAAGGACUUCUUGAGCCAGUUGAUGUCACUCUCAUAAGGUAUUUAAACUCUCAAGAAUAGUCAGAAUAUUACUUUUCAGAAUCAAAUUCUCUUUCCUAAGAAGAAUUUUGUCAGACCAGAACCAGUAACAAUGCCAGAUCUAAUGAAAGAAGCCCCAUUUUUUCUCGACACAACACUAUAUCCAACUGAAAAUCAGAUAUUAGAUAAUGAUGAAAUUGCAAAGGACAGGCCUACUGAUAAUUAAAUUAAUUAGAUAUUGAGGUAAAUGCUUUCAAGUUAAAAUGAAAUCAAUCUGCAGCCAGAAAAUCAACUUAUCUAAAAUGUAGAUAAUUAGCAGUAGAAUGUUGAAUUGACUUAAGAUGAUUACAAAUAGGCAAAGCAAAUAAUAGACGAUAAAAUUAACUCUUAAUUUAAUCCUAAGAUUGAUAAUAUGAUUGCUAUGCUAAAUGAAAAUAUGAGAGAAUUAAGGAAUGUGAAAAAUCUUAGAGGUAGACAUGGAUAAAAUGAUAUGGGUAUAUUGAGUUAGAGUGAUUUGGAGUAGAUGGACACUUAGAUGGAUGAACCAUAGCUCUUGCAAGUAGCAGAUAAUAUAUUUGAAUUAUUAUAUAAAGGCAUGUGCUCAUGA